AUCAACAACUUCCUGCUGGAUUGUCACGAACUUGAAAUAUAUGUCAAAUUGAUGUGAAUAUUUUUUUGGGAUACUGUGAUGACUCACUUCAGCAAUUACAGUGAUGUUGCUGAGGUUGAAAACAAAGACCAUAAUCAUUACCAAUCAAAUCACGAUAGCACCGUGCCAUUAACAUCCGAAUUAUUGGUGGAUUUCCAACCUUCUCAAACAGAAAAGGAGUCCUUAAACUCAAAUUCUAUAAACAACAUUCCAGAGAAUACAGAUCAUGACAAUAUUUCUGACUGUGGUAAUGGCUACAGCAGCUUUGGCCUAGAGAGUAUUUCAAACCAUGAAGAACGAUUGGCCAUCCCAGUCCAGUUUGAGCGAUCAGACAGUGACAGUCCAUUAUUGGACCAAUGGCACUGUCAUAGCAAUGAUAGCAAUAACAAUGACAAAACUGCGAGAAAUCAAUUGAUCGCUGUUUGUACCCUUUGUGUAAUGUUCAUGAUUGGAGAAGCUGUUGGAGGAGUAUUGUCCAAUAGCCUUGCCUUGUUUACAGAUGUCCUUCAUCUGGCCAGUGAUCUGAUUAGUUUUCUCAUUAGUCUCCUAGCCAUGUAUCUGGCCAAGAAACCAGCUACCAAGACCAUGUCAUUUGGCUUCCACAGAGCAGAAGUUAUAGGUGCUUUAUUCAGUGUGUUCAUCAUUUGGUUAGUGACUGGUAUCCUGUGUUAUAUGGCUGUGGAAAGAAUACAACACAAUCAUUAUAAAAAUGUUAAUCCUAAUGAAAUGCUAGUUACUGCAAGUGUAGGUGUAGCCUUUAAUAUAGUUAUGGGAAUUGUUCUUCAUUCUGAAGUAUGUUGUAAAAGUCAUGGACAAUCAUUUGGUCACCAUGGUCACAGUCACCAACGAAACAGCCACCACAGUAGGACUGAUCAUUCAUAUACACCACUGAUAGAUGACAGAUCUGAGCAGGAGAUUGAACUGGAAUCUCCAGUUGCAGAUAAACCAAAACAUAUUCACCAUAAAAACAUAAAUGUCAGAGCAGCCUUUAUACAUGUGAUAGGUGACAUUAUACAGAGUGUGGGAGUUCUUAUAGCAUCAUUCAUCAUUAAAUUUACGGAAGACCCCAAGUACAAGUUAGCAGAUCCCAUUUGUACAUUUAUUUUUUCUGUGCUUGUGAUAUUUACUACAGUAACUGUGCUACGAGAUACUUUACGUGUCAUGAUGGAAGGAGUUCCAAGAGAUGUGUGCUAUAAAACUGUGAUAGAUGACUUAAAGAGAGUAGAAGGUGUCAAAUCAGCUCAUACACUAUUGAUAUGGUCCUUGACCAUAGACAAAAAUGUAAUGUCUGUCCAUCUGACUGUUGGCCCAAAUGAGGAACAUCAAAGUGUUUUAGAAAGAGCUAACCAGAUGCUGCAGAAGAAAUAUGACUUCCGUCAGACUACGAUUCAAAUAGAGAAACAUGUUCAUAAUCUGAGCUGUUCCCAGUGUGACUUACCUGUGUAAGUUAAUUAGAGCUGUUCCCAGUUUUAGCUACCUGUGUAAGGCAUUUAAAGCUGUUUCAAGUAUUAUAUAUAAUUUAGUUACCUGUGUGAUACAAUUUCAACUGUUCCCAGUGUGAAUUAUUUGUGUACUAAUUGCAAUUUGAGCUGUUCCCAGUGAAAGUUACCUGUGCAAUGCAGUUUUAGCUGUUCCCAGUGUGAUUUAACUGUGUAAUGCAAAUUGGGCUGUUCUCAGUGAAAGUUAACUGUUUAAUUAAAUUAUAGCUAUUUCCAGUGCGACUUAACUAUGUAAUGCAUACAAGUUAAGGUAGCUGGGGUGUCCAAAUGUUAGACGAUAGAUUUUUCUUACACUUCUGUAAAAAUCUUCUGGGUCAAUGUACUUUCAAAUUUUAGUAUAAAAACUGGUGGUCACAGACCUUGGUUUUUCAUUAAAAUACAUUGAAAUUAUUGAAAUUUCAGUUAUUUAUAUUUA